UAAAUUUUUAUAUAUUAGGUAUUUCGGAAAUGUUUUAAAAAAUUUUUAGUCUUAGCCAGAGAGUUGAGAAGCAAGAGCAAAAAUAGUGGAAUUCAGUGGCGAUAAGCCAUGGAGCCCGCAGAUAAUACAUUCUCCAAGAGAAAGUUCGUCUUGGUGACACUGCUAAUAUGGUUACUCUUCGUGCUGAUAGCCAUUCCCCAGUGGAUGAUCAUUUGCUUGUACUCAAAGAAUCCAUUGCUAUUUACGCUGAUCCUGCUCCUUGCCGGAUUCAUCCUGCUCGCCUGCAUUCACCUAUUCGAGGCAAUGAGGUACAGGCGUCCCUGGAACAUUAUCUUUGUCCUCAUCUGCUACGAACUAUUAACCAUCGGCGUAGCCCUCUUCCUGAGUAAAUGGAAUCUACUCCACACCCUUAUAUUGAUAGGCGCGGGAAUAUUAAUCUCAGGACUCGUCCUGCUCGUGAGCUAUUUGCUAAUCAUAAACCGUUUAUAUCCCAAUCCCACGAAGGUAGCUGUCUUGGCUUGCCUGGGCUUCAUCCUGGUAUUCUGUAUUAGAUCCAUAGAUCUCUUUACCAACUGGUUUUUCAUACGGGACGUUGAAGUGAGCCUUUUUCUGGCCAGUGUCUUUGUUGUGAUGAUCUGUCAUAUUCUGAUCACCAAUGACAAUUUCGAUCUGCUGCGGCAGGACGAUGUAAUGCAUGUUGCCUUUGUGCUGCAGAUUUGCUUUAUGCUGUUGAUGAUUGCCUGUCGCGUUGCCGCCUUUUGCGUUAAAGAAAAUAUCGAGUAUUUUGAUUCAAGAAGUAAAACAACACGUUAUUAUACAAUAGAUACAAAUACAACACGUAGAGAAGAUGAUUUCUGAGAUAUUACUCAUAUGCGAUUUGGAAAGGUAACACCUUAUUCAGUCCCGACGUGAUGGCAUUCAUGAAUAUAUAUCCAAUGCCAGGCAGAUCAAUAUGGCACAGAUGUGAUUCAUCUAGAGAUCGGGUACUAACCCUGAGCAGCCUCAAUCACGUCCCAGGCUCAUGGCUCAAAACGUGACUCGUAAAGCGAUCUGGAAUCGAAGUCUUUGUCAUCUCUGAUACGACAAAUUUUACCUCAAAAACGGAAGAGAAAUCGUGUCCUAAAUGAUUUUGAUUUUAUCUAGUGCUUUUAAUGGAUAUUUCCAAAUUUUAAGAGUAGUCUUAUUUGCUUAACAUAUAUUCUAAAUAUUAGGCACAUUUAUUUGGUUACAAAAUUAUUACAAAUUGUCAGUGCUUUUAAUUGGUUGUAAAUAUGAAGAAAUAUAUAGCAAGGCCUACUGUUGAA